AUGAUGCAGGGUCUCUUGACUCUGUGGCUGUGUGCUGCUCUGCCAGGGCUCCUAUGCGCAUCGCCUCUGUUAGUAGAAAGGGACAAUGAUACCUCCAAGAUCUGCAAGCCAGCACCGCACUGGGAGAUCAAGGGCCAUGGGGCCCCCAUGAAGGAGCUGCUGGGAAAUGUAGUUGUUCUGGCUCUGCUGAAAGCAAGUUGACACUUCUGCCGCACACAGGCCUCCAAGUAAGAGAGAAGUCUUCAGAAUCUGUCUGGCAUAACAAUUACUGUAGACCUACCGUAACAUACUGUGCAAAGAUUUGGUAUAGAAAUGUAAUAAAUGUAAUAAUAAUGUAUUUACAAACAAAUUGCUAUAAUGUUGUUGAUGUAAUGCUGCUGGUGAUCCAUUUCAGAGUUAUUGAGAGCAUUCUUCCCAACCAGUAGUGAGAAAUGGUCUGAAUGACGAAAGAAUAGGAAAUUAGUCAAUAGCGCCAUCUAGUGGCAAUCAAGUGGUACCUCAUCAUGACUGAUCCGCCAUUGUCCUGUUGCUGCUGAGUAGACUAGGAGGCCUACGUGACAAGCUGCUCCGCAGCAAACUGACAGACGUGUCGUUCCUCAUUGUGAACGAGAGGGAAGCCCAGUCCAGAGCCAUGUACUGGGAGCUGAAGAGGAGGGCCCCCCCGGGCAUCCCUGUCUACCAACAGGCCCCGCUACAGGACGACGUCUGGGAGGCCCUGGAUGGAGACAAGGACGACUUCCUGGUAUAUGACAGGUAAUAAGGGAAGGUAACACUGCCGCUAUUACCACGCUUUUCUACCAAGAUGCAGAAAUUGAGGAGCAAAAACCCUGAUAAGGGCCGAAAUGCCUUGGUUUUACUUAAAGGGCCAAUGCAGCAGUUUUUUUCUCAAUAUCAAAUGUUUUUUUUGUUUUUUUUGUCAUUUAGCAGACGCUCUUAUCCAGAGCAACUAGGAUUAAGUGCCUUGCUCAAGGGCACAUCAACAGAUUUGUCACCUAGUCGGCUCAGGGAUUAGAAACAGCGAACUUUCGGUUACUGGCACAACGCUCUUAACCACUAAGCUACCUGCAGAUUUCUGGGUAACAAUUAAGUAGGCCUACCUUAUGGUGAUAGUUUUCAAUUAAAAUGUUCAAACAUUUAAAAAAAAUAUUAAAGCUUCUUAGCAAAGAUACAUUUCUCUAGCAAUAAUUUUGCUAGGACUGUCUGGGAGUGGUCUGAGUGGGGAGGGGGAAACUGAAAACGAACUGUUAUUGGCAGAGGUUUGGAACUCUCUUUCUUAUUGGUCUAUUAACUAAUUUACCGGCCAAAACGCCGGCCAAUCCCACCAAAACAUGUUGAAGUUUCAGGCAGUCUUUUCAAACAGCUCUUACACUAACAGGGCAUUAUCAUCAUUUUCACAAUUUCACUGUAUUAUUCACUGUAUUAUUCCAAACUCGUGUUUUUGAAUACACUGGGCCUUAAACAAUAAAUAAGGAAUUUUAUCAACUUCCACUGUCCUCCAAGAGUUGCUGAAUUACCCCUUCACUUCAAUAUGACAGGUAAGGGCCAUUGAAGAGGGCCAAAAUACUGUCACGUUGUUUCUCAAAAUGAUACAUUUUCUAUGAAUAAGGAAUGGGCUUGUAUUGAUUGAAGGCAACACAUCAGCCCUAAUCUAAAGCUACCACUGCUCUUUGACUUUAAUGGUAUGAAGUGUCUAUCAGGUUUUAUUUAGAUAUGUUCUAUCUACAGAGAUCUUUAUAAUUGGUGUGACACCUCAUUCAUGUGGCCAUGUUCUCUCUCUGACAGAUGUGGGAGACUGACGUUCCACAUAGUCCUGCCCUACAGCUUCCUCCACUACCCCUACAUAGAGGCAGCCGUCAGAGCCACCUACCACAAGGACAUCUGUGGCAACCUCACCGUAAGUGAAAGCACAAUUCUUAAGGGAAUUGUAGACAUUUCAUUUCAGUUUCGCUCCUCAAUUGAAAAACACUACAGUGCAGAAGUGCCCCAUAGAAAUACAAUUACUAGAACAGGUAAACCCCACAGUCUUCUCUUUCUAGUAAUUCUAUCUCUAUGAUUUGUAGCGUAAUAAAGGUUCUGAUUAGUAAACCAAAUAAUAGAGAUCUCUCUGUGGCUCUCCCAGGUGUAUUUUUAGCUUGUACCUAUUUUGUUAACUUUAGUGUAUUCUACUCUUCUACAGGUGGACUCCAACAUGACCUCCUCAGCUGGGUGCACCCAAAGAAAUGAGACACUGAGCAGUUCAGAGAUCCAUGAUACAGCGAGGCCUAUUGAUGUCGAUACCGUCAGCAACCCAGCUCCAAGUGAUGGACGCCAGAUGUCGUCUUACUGGGGUGGUAACAUGUCACACAUACAUCACCAUCAGCACCAGCAUCAUCAGCAGCAACACAACCAUGGGUCAGGCACAGAUAAACAGGACUCCAAUUAA